GAAGAUACGGGUCAGGAAGGUGAAGUAACAGGAUUUUCAGCGUUAAUGGUUUACUCUGGCAGGUCUAUGUGCUCAGUAAAGGUCAACGUGAAGCGCUUAGCAGUGAGCUGACCUCCGGAGUCUCCAGAACCAACUAAAGGAGCUGUGAUAAAGAAAUAAUAACCUGACUGCAGGGCGUGUUUACGCCAGCUAGGUCCAGUGUAGCAGGGAUGUAGCUGCGCUUGUUCAGCUGCGGCUUCACAGGUGACAUGAUGUUUAGUUAAUGUUUAACAUCCGUACAGCUAACACCAGGCCGCCAGACCGAGCGCUUUCUCUGCUUUCCUAAUACGUGUCUCGUCGUGGGUUGAAGAGGAGGCGCCUUCAUCCUUCAGCGCCCCGAUGCCUAACACAUCAGAGGGUCAAGGAGCGAACCUCCCCCGGCCCGCGGAGCAGUCAGGGCUGCAGAGGCCCGGGGAUGGAGAGGAGGAGGACCACGGGGUGAUCAGCUCCCUCGCCCGGGACGCCGCAAGGCUGAGGAGGGCUUCCAGUGCUGAGCUUCACCUGCAGUGGACCUGCCCUGUCACACACUCCCGGGAGAAGUUCUACACGGUCUGUUCCGACUACGCCCUCCUCAACCAGGCAGCCUACGUGUACUGCUGCCCCCCGAAGGUGGCCAGGAACAAACAGGAGGAAGCGUCCCCGCUUGGGAAGCCCAAACCCCCUACGCACUUCAGCGGCAGUCAGACUGGAGUGGGUCCUGUGGGGUCUGAUGGGGACUGUGACGUGGAGGAGGUGUCCUCCAGCCGCACAAAGCCUCUUCUGGCCUGGGAGAUUGACACAGCAGACUUUAAUACUGUAUUCACUAGGAAAAUAAGAACCAGCAAUGGGAAGAAUUGCAGCUCUAAGAAGAUGAGGGCUUCGGACCGACCCAGCAGGAAUCUGCAGGAUGUCCCUGUUCAUGCAUCGCUGGAGGAAAUCAAACAGAGAAAAGUGCUGGACCUAAGAAGAUGGUACUGCAUCAGUCGGCCACAGUACAAGACUUCUUGUGGUAUCUCCUCCCUGGUGUCCUGUUGGAAUUUCCUGUACAGCACUCUGGGUGCAGGAAGUCUUCCACCCAUCUCUCAGGAGGAGGCGCUGCACAUUCUGGGCUUCCAGCCACCUUUUGAAGACAUCAAGUUUGGUCCCUUCACAGGCAAUGCGACAUUGAUGAGGUGGUUCAGGCAGAUCAACGACAAUUUCCGAGUGCGAGGUUGCUCCUACAUUUUGUACAAACCUCAUGGCAAACACAAGACUGCAGGAGAAACGGCUGAAGGUGCACUGAUGAAGCUGACACAAGGCUUGAAGGAUGAAUCCAUGGCCUACAUUUACCACUGUCAGAACCAUUACUUCUGCCCAGUUGGCUUUGAGGCUACGCCACUGAAAGCAGCAAAAGCUUACAGGGGUCCUCUACCCACAAAUGAAAUGGAACACUGGAUCUUAAUUGGCGAACCCAGUAGAAAACAUCCAGCAAUUCACUGUAAAAAAUGGUUGGACAUCGUGACUGACCUCAAUACUCAGAACCCAGAAUACCUGGACAUUCGCCACACAGAGAGGGGGCUUCAGUGCCGCAAAACCAAAAAGGUGGGCGGUAACCUGCACUGCAUCAUGGCCUUCCAGAGGGUGUACUGGCAGAAGCUGGGGCCCUGGGCGCUAAAUCUGGAGAACCUGCGACAUGACUUUCACCACACUGGCACAGAUCGGGCCCACGGCAGCGUGGCUUUGGACUCUGAGGAGAGAACAGCGUCCAAGUGUCUGACCCAGCUGGGACGAUCCCAGAGCAUGGGGAGUCAGAAAGACACCUGCAACUGGAAACGGCUGUCCAACGCUACAGAGUACAGACAGAGGAGCUCCCCUGAUAGUGAUCUCGAGGAGGACAUCGCAGACUGAGACAGUUACUGUGGUUCUACAGGGGCGGGACAUGAUAACUGAUGACACUACACAGAGCAAAGGUUUUUAAAGGAGACGCCUGGUGUUCUGAUCGGAUUUACUGUCAACAGAUUUCACAUAAAACUAAACCAGCGUUUUGUCUCAGACAAGGGUCAUAAAUAAAUGGUUUAAAUUGGUCAAGAGUUAAAUCAUUCCCAAAAUUAUUGAUGAAUUGUAUGUUGUUUUUAAAAUUAAAAUAUAUUUAAAUUUGGGUAAAAGAUUUUUGGACCUAUUUUCAGCUCUAAAUGUGUAUCCAAUUAUGUUGAACAUAAAAACAUCGGGAUAAUGUAAAGGAGGCGGAGUCAAAAAAUUGUUGACAGUAAAAUAGCAAAAAACACCAGACUUUAAUUAUGAAAACUUCAUUUUUUAAGAUGCCAAAGUGUUGAUUUAACCUAUUGUUUUAACAUUUUCUGAGAUUUUAAAGGAAAUAUUUAAACAGUCUGUUGGUGUCAGGCAUUCCUCUGACUUCAUCACAUCUAAAACCUUUUUCUAAUUUUACCACCUUGUUGUUUCCACACAAUUCCCUAAGCAGUUCCCUUAUGUUGCUAGUUUCAGGAGUGAUGUACAUGCUACAGUGUAUGCAGCUUCAAACUCUACAUUUGCACUAUUUAAUCUUAGCACUGCCAAAGGGGGCUUGUUUCCCACAAGUAAUCUAACAAGGGAUGAUGAACCAAGACCUUCCUAGUCACUGGAAUUAGCUGAAUGUCACCCGGAUUCACCCUAGUAUGUAUCUAACCAGUCAGAGAAUCACAGAUUCAAUCUUUUCUUCAAUCAGCACUAGCAGGUUGGACUAAAAUCAACACUCUUCGGUGUGGAAGUCACUAAACAAAAGAGACAAUAGCAAUUGUCAAUAUGAGUACGUUUUCCAAAAAUGAAGACAGAGGAAGCACAGUUUGCAUCAUGCUAGCUGCAGUCAGUGUUAAUAUAAGAUGGUGUUAUCUCCGUUAUUGUCAGUUUGUAAAGGGAAAUCAGAAUUGGCUGAAAUCAGUAACGGCAGGAGAAAGCUGAACAAGAACAAGAGAACGGAAAUUAGCUAUAUAAUUUUUGGUGCAUCUCUACAGAAUGUCCAGGAACCUUUAGGGACAUGUAACUGUUUUUAAUGUGACUUAAAGGGGUUGAUGGACUCCCUUAUCGGACAGUGAGUUUGCUUUUUCACGAUAAAAGUGAUGACAGUCCUUACAAUCUUUGGCAAUACCUGAUAGGUGAGUUAUCAGGACAAAUGAAACCAGAAGAGUGAUAAUCAAAGGGUAAAAUCCCUGAUCUGCUGAUGGCUUGAAAGAUGUUCGUUGUGUCCAAUUGGACCACUAGGUGGGAAUAUUUAUUACGUGGUGUACUUUUUUAAUUUUGCAUUAAUAUUUUCAUUAGAAUUAUAGUAGUUCUUUUUAUCACCCUGAAAGUAGGCAAAAUGCCGGAGAUAUGCUUCUCUUACAUGUUACAGUUAUCCAUUAUUAUCUCCUUAUUGUGGACACCUGUCUCCGAACAUAAAUCCGCUUAGCUUCACCUUAAGCUCAUCGCAGCGGUACUGUGAGCUUGAUAUCAAGCUAGAUCUGCCUAGAAAACGCACAACAGCAUUAUCCACCAUCCACCUUGGUUUAUAGAUGACUCUCCUCCAUAAUUUAUUGUACAGUUAGUGGAAAUGUCUCCCGCCUGGUUCACGGUUCAGUCGUGAUGGUGUCCAGUCGAAGUGUUGUGAAAGCGGUGAUUUGUGAAUCCUCCAGUAACAAGUGUGCAGAUUAUCCUGGUUUCUUUGAACAGAGCUGUACAUACCAUGACAUAUCUCAAUCUUUUAAAAAUAUGAUCCCCAUGCUUGUGAGCACAUUGCUCCUAUACAGUUAGGUUUGGAGCUUUGUGAUACCACCUGAGUCUCAGCCAACACAGGUGUGAUUAAGCAAGCCUAUGGAAGUGGGUUUCUUGUAGCCAUUUAUUUGACAAUAAAAGAUUUUUUUUAUUACACCGUG